GUCCACGGGUACGUUUGUGUGUGCAUGGACCGGGGGGCCAAUGCGUACGUGUGUUUUCUGGUUUUCUGCUCUGGCAAGCAAAGUGUACUACACAGCACAUACGCGUGGUCAAACGAAAUCAGGUUCCCUUUCGCGCAAGGGUCUGUCGACGCUGUCGCGUGUGGUUGCCUUUUCUGUUUGCAGCAGUACGAGUUCUACUAGCACCGGAAUCUGUGACUGAACAAAAGUGAAGCAAAAAAUCGCACGAAACGUGACAAAAACCUUCCGCUGUGUAGUAGAAUUGUACUUCCAGCAGGAAAUCGUUCGAUCCGUUUUUGGCUGGAAUAGUUACGCUUUUAGGUUCAUUAAAGAAAAGACCCUUUACUAAACGCUAAACGCCACCUGAGAAACAUGGUUUGUCCUUCGGGAUAAAAUGUGAACGCGGAAUUAUUGGCCCCCCUGUUUUCCUGGUGGGGGAAAACGUAAUGAAACGAAAAAACAGUACGACGAGUGUCUGCCUGCAACUGGUUUCAUUUUCACCGAACGUGCACGUUACCCCCCCAAUUGCACAACCUUGAUAAGUGUGUGGCAAUAUUCAAGCAUGGCCAUCAUCACCUCAUCCAACAAUCGUUAAAAAUUCGGGUAAGUGUACUUUACCACUAAACCGUGUAAUAAUCCACAUUUAAUCACAAUUUUUCUAUUCUGUCACAGGACAAAACCCCCCCAGGCAGUCCGAUUUUUUGGUGCCAUUUUGCUGCUAUCCCUGGGCUGAAAAAGGGAAAACAACCGUCAGCAAAGGCACACACAUCUCGCACAAGCCACGUUUGACAAAGCAAAACGUUGCUGGUAACACUCAGUGUUCGGUCCGCAGUACCCAAAAAGAUCGUUACCGCCAGCCACAACCUUCUUCCUUUCCUCGUUUGCGUGUGGUGGAAAAUUGGUAAAAUAAUUUAUGCGCCCUCUCUGCUUCAUACGCAACCCGUUUAUAUAUUGUACAUAGAAGCAGUGCAAAAUGAAUGCAAGAAAAAAAAAGCGAUAUAAUCUUCGCAUCAUCUUAUCAUUUCCGCAAAAACCGGCCGCACCCUCUCCCGACGUCCCACGCGGAUUACGCGGCGUUAGCAUCGCAAGAAUCGAUCCACGAUCCGGUAUCACUUUUAUAUGGAAGUUACACGAAAUGCUUUUUGCUGCAUGUUAUCAGAUGUUUAGGGAUGAUAGAGACACACAAGUGCUGAGAGCAAUAAACUGCUGUGUUGUGAAUUAAAGUGCGCCUAGUGUAGUGUUGUAGUCCGCAUUCCAUUCAUGCACGAAUUCGUGACGUGAAAUAGUCACCGUGUGGCGUGGUUCAAUCGUUCAAGUUAAUAUAAAAAAAACUGUGAUGUGGUUCUGAUUGUCAUUUAAUUCUAAUAACACCGCGCGGUGAAUGUGAAUUUAAGAAAUGUUUUUUUUUGGUUUUAGAAAGCUUCUAACAUUCUUACCCGUAACGCAUCUGUCAACAACAAACGUGUGUUUCGCGUUACCCAUUUUUGGCAGUGUUCGUGAUACCACUGUGCAGGUUCCAAAAGCGAGCGCGAUGUCUUACCAGCAGGUGAAAAACGUUCAGUCGACAAUCGUGAAACCAAAUCCUGCACCACCGGGUUUACCGAUCACCAACACAACCGUAUUAAUGCCACCGACCGGCGGCGCGUCCAGCACGAUUAAUGAUUUGAAGUUUUUUGCUGGCACAACACCGACAACAGCGACGUCCGGCGGUUUGAGGAUGUAUCGUCCAAUUGCACCGAAACCGGCAGGAACUGCUGGAUCAUCGAUACUGCUAUCGCCAACCGUCACUAUUAGUCCAACGGCUGCUGCAAUGGUUACGGACGGUGGAAUGAAUGCUGCGAGCGGAGGAAUCAUUUCGAACGGCGUUGUACCGUCGUCAAUGGUGAUGCAAACGGUUUUACCAUCGCAUUUGCAACCGACCAACCACCAACAGCUGGAACAACCACAACAGUCACAGCCACUGUACGCUGGUGCGUCCAAACUCGUGCUACCGUUCGGUACGACUAUCAAGGUAACGCCACCGGGGAUGCUUAAUCAGCAGCCACCACUAGCAGCGCAGUCCAAUGUCAACCCACAGCUACUCCAUCAGCCACUCGUGCAUACACCGACCGUACCGGUACUGCAGUCGCUCGGUACGAUUUCCAUCCCAAAACCACCACACCAACAGCAUCCGCAGAAGUUGGUAUUAAACGCAAGGCUUCCAAUCGCUGCUACGUCAGCAGGCACGAUCGUUCCGACGAAUAUACCUCCGUUGUAUGUGCCCCCGAAUAAGGCAACACUUGUGGCAACCGUUGCCAGCAAGCUUGAUGGUGAAACACGCCGGAUAAUGGUUACGACGGGACCGGUCACCAACAACAGCAUCAUCAAGCGCCGUGUAUCGUUGGCACCCGCCACUACGGUGGAACAGCAGGAGCUAAGGAAACCUAUUAAAGCAUUUCCAAUCCCUGUGCUGAGUCCGUUUAAAGCACAAAAUAUCGUACAGCAACAGCAGCAGCAGCAUUUGGAGCAGAAUAUCAUUUCGGAGCAAAACAAAGAUCCGGUGCCGGUUCCACUUCCUUCAAAUGCUCCUCACUUUGUCGAACAGUGUGGCCAAAGGGCAAAUGUGAAUUUAUCGCUCGAGUUAGAAAAUGAACCAGCAGCUGCUGUUGCUCCCGGUACCGAUGACGACGAGUUGUCGAACGAUGAUGGUCCCAUGCUGGUGAUGGAUCUUGGUGAAACUAAUGCGCCGGAGGUGAAACAGGGCGAGAAAAAUAUGCCAUUCGGCGCGGGCAUGAAACGGGCGGCCAUUAUUGCACAAGCAAACGGGGAAAAUUUGGUAGAAGUUGAUAAUGAUCAUGACCUAAAUGAUCGUGCACCGCUGGAUGAGCAAUCGAAUUUCUCCAACUUUGAAGGUUUACUAUCGGAAAGGAAUGUUUCUUCCCAACCGGAAGUAAGUAAAACACCGGAAAAGGCACCACAGGAACCUGGUGCAACCGGUUCUACCAGUACGAAUGUAAGCCCCCGUUUACAGAAGCGUUCCUCUUCCGAACAUCAACCGUCGAAGGUAAAACUGUGCUUUUCUGCCAUUCCGCAGAAAAAUCCAAAUCGUCGCCGUUUUUCGGAGUUUGCUUUGGUACGACAACCACCGACCGGUGUUACUAUUCCGUUCACAAACGAACAUUACUAUAUACCGCUCGUUGCCAAUCCACGCAAGAUGGAUCCAAUUUCGCUGCUAAUGAAAAAUGAAUCCAACAUUAAAUCCGCUGUUGCUGUGGAGCAAAAUAAAUCGGAACAUUUAGUACCGCCAGCGCCACAACCAUCUUCAUCAUCAUCAUCAGCACAGAACGUUUCGUUGCUGUGCAAUGAAACGAUUGAUGUACCGAAACAGAUUGAAGAAAUGCUAACGAAACGGCCCCUUGUUCCGAAGCAAAUCAAAACGGUGAACGAGGGUGGAAAUGAGCUGUUCCAGGAAUUAGUCUCCUUAGAGGAAAUUAGCCGCGCAAAAAAGCAACGUUUGGCAAAGGAAAAUAGUGUUGAGCGUAGUACCAACAGUCGAUCGACAUCGAUGUCCUCCGACAGUAAUGUGCCGGCGGGUAAGCACGCACCAAACACUCCGCUAUCGGAAUCGAUUAAGAAAAGUACAUCGGGAUCGCGCGGUAGUGGUAAAAAGUCGUCUGCAGCAUCGAAUCAAAUCACACCAUCCGAAUCUUCGGCAAGUCUUCUCGAUGAGGGAGGCGUCGUAUACGAUACGUCGACCGUUGCCGAUCAUCUGCGCUGGUACGAUGGUAUCGGGUACCUUAGCGAAAGCAAGAUGCAUUUCGAAUUCAACAAGUUUGGCAUUGUGCAACCACUUUCCGACGAAGCGUACGAUCGCCAUUGCCAAACGGACGUGUAUCGUGAUAUGCAGCUGAGGAUUAGCGAACGGCCGCUACGGACGAACGAAAGGAACGCUCGCGAGGCGCAUGAUUUGUACAAGUGUGAGGUAUGCCAGAAAAGUGGCUGUGCGGCUGAAUUUGUAACACCGGAUUACUGUAGCAUCAGCUGUGUGCAGGCCAGCAGCAAACACGUUUUGCGCGAUUACAUCCUAAAUUCUACGCACGCCCUGCAACAGGCGAAUGGUUUGCUGAAGGAAAACCAUUGCUUUGGUGGAUCGGUGAAUCGAAAAGUUCCUGUCAAGGCAGGACAGAAGCAGAAGAAUCAGCGGCCCAAAAAGAAGCAACAAACGGUGAAGCAAAACGUGAAGAAAGCUACACCAUCCUCACUAACGACGGCCUCUUCCACUAGUGAUGAAGAUUCGAUGAGCUCUCUGAGCCUUAAUUCUAGUGCCUUCCUGAAACGGCAGGCUUUGCGAGAAUUGAUGCCGGCAUCGCUCGACGACAGUCCACCUCCUGCGUCUGCGGCACGAUCUUCCGGUGCUGCUGCCGGUGCCACUGCAUCCCCUGCCAUCGAUGGCGGUGAGGAAACAGAGUUCAACUGGAACCGUUAUCUGAAAGUAAUGAACGCCGAAGCGGCUCCGAUCCAUCUGUUUGGUCCCAAUCCAUUCCCAUCGCUUGACACUGGGUCUAGCGCGAACAGGUUCCGCAUCGGUAUGAAGAUGGAAGCGAUUGAUCCGGAGAAUAAUUCCCUAUUUUGUGUCUGCACGGUGGCUGAGGUUCGUGGCUAUCGUUUGAAGUUACACUUCGAUGGCUAUCCGAACGAUUACGACUUCUGGGUGAACGCCAAUUCCAUAGACAUCUUUCCACCCGGUUGGUGUCAGAAGACAAACCGUGUGCUGCAACCACCGGCCAGCUAUAUAGGGCAACCGUUCGAUUGGGAAAGUUACCUGCAGGAAACGAACGGUCUCGUGCCAGAGAAUGACAUGUUUGUUCAUCUGAAUCGUAAGAGCGAUCGAAACAAGUUCGAAAUAGGGAUGGCAAUAGAGGCGGAUGAUUUGAAAAAGUCGGGUAAAGUGUGUGUCGCUACGGUGGCGGACAAAAUGGGCGAUCGUAUACUGAUACACUUUGACGGUUGGGACAACCGGUACGACUAUUGGGUGAGCAUUCACUCCAACUACAUUCAUCCGGUUAACUGGCACAGGGAGAACAAUGAUAAAAUUACUCCACCACCUGAUUGGAACAAACCGUUCGAUUGGGAAAAGUACAUCCGUUACAAGUCACGGAACAAUCUGGGGCCGAACAGUAAGGCGGAAAAGCCCUUGUUUAAGAUACGCCCACCGAUCUACUUCAAGCUGGGCCAACGGCUCGAGGUGGUAGACAGGAAGCAGAAAAAGUUGAUUCGUCCUGCCAAGGUCGUUGCAAUCGAUGGUUACGAAGUGAGCCUUUGCUUUGAAGGUUGGCCACGGGAGUACGCUUUCUGGAUUGAGGACGACAGUCCGGAUUUGCAUCCGAUUAACUGGUGUGCCCGUACGAAGCAUCCACUGGAACCGCCUCCAAAUUGUCUACUGUCCACCGGUACGUUUGACGGUACGUGCGAGCUUAAGUUCUGCCUGAGCAGAGGCAAUAGCAAGUUUUCGCAGAAAAAGUUCCACGACCGAUCGUCCGAAUGUCCGUACAGACGAACGAACUGGAUGAGCGAAGAUCGUAAACCGCUCCGUGUAAGCCAUGACCAAGUGCAAACACAUAACAUAGAGAAACCUGGUGGAAAUUCGCAAAAUAUGAAACAAAUUAACGCCAGAAAUAUGCUUGACGUAAAGGCACCUCGGAAGAGUAUGGCUGUAACUGCGCCUAAUGCAAGCAAAGCAUCGACAGCAAGAAGAAGGGCCAGCGUUACUUCCGUUACGCCUUCCCCCGUACCGACAAAGCGCAUUAAGCAAGAGGUGGAAGAACCGCCUAGUACUGCUACCUCGACAUCAACACCAACACCACCACCGUCCCGCGAUCCUUCCAAGGAGCGUAUAGUGCGGGUCAAGGAGACAGAAGAUAUGGCGACGGCCGCCAGUAAUCAUUCGACUCGCGCUACGAACGCGAACGAAUCCAUCCGUCUGGCACGUCCCGUCAUUGAGGAGUACGGUCCACGGUUGAUGCAUUCGUACGAAAUCUGGCAGCGGCAUUCCCGCUAUCUGGACGAAUGCACCGAACAGACGGGUGUGUUGCGCAAAAAUCCCUUACACUGGACCACGGAUGAGAUGGCACGCUACAUAGAGCAGCUGCCCGGUUGUGCUGAGUAUGCGAGCAAAAUCCGGCACGAGGAAAUCACUGGCCGAUCGUUUCUUAGCUUUACACAGUCCGAUCUAAUAGAUUAUCUCGGCGUAAAGAUAGGACCGGCCAUUAAAAUCUACAACCGUAUCAUACGCUUGCGCCAACUCGUUACUACUAAGUUCAUUCAGUUGUAGAUCGUAACCAACUGUCUGUCUCUCUCUCUCUCACUGGCUUUACUCAUAAGUAAGUUUGUGUGAUAACAUUUUGCUAAUUUUGUAUUGUUUCUUUUCUUUAUCAUUUAUUAGAUAUGUUAGAAUUUAACGAAAUCAAGCAACAAAAAAAGAGGGCCAAUAUAUUCUCUCCCGUUACAGUUUCUUGCACGCGAAGGUGAAGUGCAUUUGCAAUAAGGUAGGAAGAAUUUAGCUAUCAAUAGUUUGUGUUUUUUUUUUGCUAAUUUAGUUCACUUUUUUUCAACACUUCUUUGCGUAUAAGAAUUGCAUUAUAUUAACCAUAUCGCUUAUUCGUCUGUUAAAAUUACCCCGUUAGUAAUUAUCAUGAAAGUGUGUAAGAAUUUAUCAUUCUUGUUGGAGACGAUGCUGUACAUAUUGAUUACCGAGUCUGUGUCCAAACUCUAAAUUUACCAUUAUUGCGGUAGACUAUGUACAGACGUGUUCUUGUGUACAUAUCGUAACCGUGGACAACCUUGGCCGUCACACUACGGACGCAGGUUAUGCUAGAAUCUGUGAAAUCUUUAUCACCGAUAUGCUGAAACAAAAAUAGUGAGAGAAUUCAAGUCGAUUUUAAUUUAAUCCAAAAACCAAUUACGCUAUUAUGUAUGUAUUAGUUGCAACUAGAGUUAAGUGCUGAAAUUGUAGUACAUAAAAGAUGAGUUAUCAAAAAUAAAUUACUUUACGCUAUAGAUUUAAACAAUA